GGUGGAACAGCCGCGUUGCCGACGGGAGGAGACCCCGCCGCCGAACGGGCGAGCACGGGCUGGCCAGGGACACCCGUGUCCCCCGUUGCAGGACGUCCGGGGACGGGAGAAGGAGAAGAAGAGGGAGAGGGAAAGGAGAGACAGUCCGGUGUGGCUGUAGACAAGAGCAGAGGCAGCAGCGGCGGUGAUCCCCGUACCGGAGUUUCCCUGGAAGUCUCCAGUCCCGGAGCGGGCGGUGCCUGGGCAGGGCAGGGUUAAGAGAGCGGGGCUGGGCAGGAGCGGAUGUGCCCGGCCCUGAGCAGGAGCCGUGAGCUCCUGACUCUUCCCGCUGCCGCGGGAUCGGGCUGUGAAAGGCACGUCGUCAGAAAGAAACCAGCCCUGGUCAUGGCAGAAGGAGAGUUGCCAGCUGUUUUGAUCCUGGAUAUAGGAGGAACUCAUGGUGUGCUAGAAGACCUUGCAGCACUUUUGAAGAAACACUUUCACCUUAUCACCAUGAAGGAAUUUCUCGGAAACAAAGAAGAAAUGAGAAAAAAAAUCAAAUCUGUUUUUGUGUUUGAGUGCAGGCUAACUAUUGACUGUGAGCUUCUAGAAAGCUUGCCUAAUUUAGAGGUAAUUGCAAACUCUGGGGUUGGAGUGGAUCACUUAGACUUGAAAAUGAUCUUGAGCUUUGGUGUAAAAGUGACCAACAACCCGCACGUUGUGGCGGACCCAACAGCAGAUAGAGGAAUGGCCUUGAUGCUGGCCUCUGCCAGAAGACUAGUGGAAGGCUGCCACAUUGCUAUGUCUCCAGACACAAAAUAUUUCGCUGUUGACUGGCUGGGAGUGGAAGUAACCAGAGCGACUCUUGGGAUCAUUGGGAUGGGCAGCACUGGAUACAAAGUGGCUCAGAGAGCCAGAGCCUUCAACAUGAGGAUCCUGUACCAUAACAGAAACCAGAGCUAAAGAAGAAAGGAGGAGGAAGAGGCUGUUGAUGCCCAUUACUGUGCAAAGAUGGAAGACUUGCUAUAGCAAUCUGACUUUGUUAUGUUGGUUGUGAACCUGACUCCUGAGACUCACAAACUGAUUGGGAAAAAGGAGCUAGGGCUGAUGAAACCCACAGCUACUCUUAUAAACAUCAGCCGAGGUGUAGUUAUUGAUCAAGAUGCAUUGGUAGAAGCUCUCCAGAAUAAGGUUAUUAGAGCAGCAGCUCUGGAUGUGACACAUCCUGAGCCUCUGCCAAGAGAUCAUCCUUUAUUAAACCUGAAUAACGUCAUCAUAACCCCCCACAUUGGAACUGCAACAGUCCAAGCCAUCCAUAUGAUGGCAGAAGAAGCAAUAGCAAACACGCUGGCUGUUCUUAAUGACUAACCUUUUCCAAGUGAAGUGUUUCCCAAAUGAUGAGUGCCAGAUGAUGCUAUUAAAUCUCCUGUAUACGGGAAGGCACUAUUUCUUACCACUUUUAAACUGAAAAAAAAGCAACCUAUUCCUUCACUGCUCAUCAUGAUGCUGCAAAACUCUCAGACUUGAUCUGUUCUGUUACUUACAAUUCAAAAAAAAUAA